GAUUAUUACUUUUAAAUCUGAUGGAAGCUGUUAACGCCAGAGGUUUCAGCAGGUACGGUUGUCCCUGUGCGCCUUUAUCAAACCAAACACUGUUUAUUGUCUCUGUAUAUCCUCUUUAAACUGCCUCGAGUUGCUGCUAUCUCGACAUGUCUCGGUUCUUUGCUCGGAGAUGGCUGUUUUGGGGAGACAUCCCCUGGACCAACACCGCCACGUGGUGGCCAUUUUGGGUAGUACAAGUGUCAGCUUGCAUUCUGUUCUAUUAAUAACUAGUGCUAAAGCUGUGUUUGAGCAACCAUCUCGCAGCUGUGUCCACGAGUGAAGGGCAUUUAAUGUGGAGUUCAACUUUUCGUAGUUCGGAUAAAAUGGAAGGAAGACUGAUUUGAAAGUCAUGAAAGUUUGUACCUGACGACAGCUCGGACCUCUGUGGCUCUCUGCAAUUCCAGGACAGGGUGAGUUAAAGCAGAAGCAGGCUGACAUUAAUCUGUGCAGUGCUGCCUGAUGCUUCACUGUUGUUUUGAGGAGUUUUUCUACUGACUUCCGGAUCACAUGUUUAAUCUAAAACCCUUCUUCUUUCUACACCUUGUGGCACGUGCACCCUCUGAUUGGCCCUGCUUUAAGGCGCCAUGUCAAAGGACACUUUUCCGUUCACUUCUACCUCGCUGCGCUCUCUCCGGCUGGAGCAGGAGCUCCAGGAGUGGGAGGAUGCCCGCCGGGCCUUGGCUCACAGGAGAUCCAUGACCAGGGCCCCUCUGUCCCGGGCCCCCAGGCCUCCUCCUCCCCCACCUCCUCCUUCUCCUCCCAGGCAGCAGCAGCAGCAGCAGCCGCGGCGCCUCCAGGAGGUCCGGGCGCCUCCGCCUCAGGUCCGCUGCAGAGACACGUCUGUCCACAACACCUUCAUGUGGGGGGACAUGAAAGGAGUGUAUGCGGUGCUGAAGGACCCUGGGAUGGUCAACGCCCUGAUGGAGACGGUGCAUGAGGAGAUGGUGUGGACUCCAGAGAUGGGCAUGUGGACGCUGAGCUCCAAGGUGAAGCAGACAUCGGCUCUGCGCCUGGCUGCCAGCAGAGGUCACACAGGCUGUGUGGAGGAGCUGCUGUUUCGUGGUGCGGAGGUGAACGCGGACCCCGGGGGAAACACCGCCCUCCACGAUGCCUGUGUCGGCGGCCACGCUGCCUGCGUCCGGCUGCUGCUGUCUCACGGAGCAGACCCGGACCUGCUGGCUGCAGACGGCAGCGCUGCCCUCCACCUGUGCUCAUCCGCCCAGUCACUCCAGUGUGCGCAGCUGCUGCUGGAUGGAGGUGCUGAGGUCAACAUGAGGACGGGGGAGUCCAGGAUCACCCCCCUGCACGUGGCCGCGCGGCGAGGCCUGGAGGAGCACGUGGAGCUCCUCCUGGGUCACGGAGCCGACGUGCUGGCCACGAACCGAGAGGGGGAGACCCCUCUGAACGCCGCCUGCUCCGGCGCAGAGAGGCCCUCCGAGGCCGGGCGCUACCUGCGGGUGAUUCAGAGGCUGCUGGCCGCGGGCGCCGACCCCAGGACGGCAGGCAGGAAGCAGCACACACCCCUCCACAACGCAUGCGCAAACUGCAGCUCCAGGAUCGUGAAGGUCCUCCUGCAGCAUGGGGCCAGGGCAGAUGUGGUCAACUGUGCAGGAUACACGCCGAUGGACUGUCUGUUACAGGUGGUUGAAGAUUACCCGGACCAGCAACCGGACGCAGUAGCUCGGUCACUUCUGAACUAUGGAGCAAAGCCUGUUCCAGCAGAGAUGCUGAAGCAGUGUUUCCUCUCUGCUGCCGCUCUGGAGGUGAUGCUGAACUCAUACACCUCCAUCCCUCCCUGUGAGUGGAUGGACUCCCUGCCAGCCGAGCUGUACGAGGAGCACCGAUCCUUCUUCGACCUGGUGCGUCAGCGGAGCGGUCAGCCUCGCUCUCUGCAGCAUCUCUGUCGAUGCGCCCUACGCCUGCGCCUCGGAGCCCGGUGUUACUCAGCGGUCAGUGAACUGGACAUUCCCAGCUCCGUGAGGGAUUACCUGCUGCUGUGUAACGACGGGACGCUCCACUGACUUCACACUGUGUACACAUAUUUCCCAGCAGCGCGGCGCCUCUUUGGAAACACGAAGUUAUUUUACACGACAACAAUAAUCCGUUUCUGUCACUUUUUUGAAACUAACGCUUGUUCUUGUCAACUUGAAAUACGUUUUAAUGGGACUGUGAAGUGGUCGAGUGUGAGUGAAAUAAUUAUAAAUACAGUGGUAUUAAUAUUUCUUUUCAUGUAUGCUUUAUUUAUGUUGUUUAUCGAGAAAAAAAACACACAGACAUCCUCCCAAAUUUGAGGAUUUCCUUUUUUUUAUCUGACAUUUUCUUUAGUUAAUCCACAAAAGACUGAUGUCGAUAUUUGAUGGAUCUGUUCGACCUCCUUUUAAUUUUGUUUAAUCUUUUUUGGAUGGAGUCUUGAAGAGAAACACAAGCUGUGUCUGACAUUAUCAAACAGCCAUUAUGAUGAUAGUGAAAAAGAUACAAAUCUUCUUUUUUUUCCCCUGGAUCUCUUCAUCUAAAGAACAAAAUGUAAGUCGUCUGUGACUGAUAAGAAACCCCCAUCUUUAUAAGCAUCCUAAUAAAUCACUCAGACCCGCCCUGAACACCGCAGAGAAGUAUCAGUCUGACAGAUUUUGAUAUCAGCAGCCUCUCCAAUGUUGAAAAAAGUGUCUUUAUAAGUGUAGAUAUGAGUCAUGUCUUCAGUUGUUGAAGUUAUUCACAGACUCACUGUUUCGACUCUUGAUUGCUUAAACUCCUCAAACUUCUUUUUUAUUAUUUGUUUAUUUAUUUUGCCCUUCAACUUGUAAUGACAUGCAAUUCUCUUUCUACCUGAGUCGCAUGUUAAAUUAGCAGCAGGGAACGCUGUUGUGUUGUGUCGUUGUGUCACCAGCAGGUGGCGGUGUCAGGGUUUAAUUCACAGUUUGACAUUUUCCCCCUGAUUCACAACAGUUUCACGGUAUGAGCAGUUUUCAAGACAAAAACGAGGAUUUUUGACCUCUCAUGUUCACUUACACUAGAUAAAGGAAAAAGAAAUGUUGUA